AUGAGUCGCGAACAUGCCAAACUCAAUACUGAGGUGGUUCUCUUGCGCCUGCUGAUCUUGACCAUGUACAAGCUCGCUCCUGCAACGUCUUCCCUCAAACUCUCACUGCGCUUUCUUCUCAAUUACCCACGUCGGUGCUAUACCCUGCUCUUCUCCAGCACCGCAGCAUGGACACUUGCCGCCAUUCUCUUCAUCCUCAACUUUGUCGACACCCUUCUCAUUAUAACACUUGACCUUGACAACCUUAAAGUCAAGGCCCUACCUGUAGGCCUCCGCAUCGCAGCCUCCUGA